AUGGUUAUUGAAACCCGACAGAGUCGUACACGUCUUCUUCAUUAUGAAUAUCAUCAUCAUAAUCGUAAUCGUCGUCGUCACCAUACAUUAGACAAUGCGACUUUGGAUAAAUUCAAUUUUAUUUGUGUACAAUUACACCCUGACGAGUCACGUACUGAUUCGUCAUCGUCUCAUACAAAUUUAACUAUGACACAACCAAAAAAUUCUUCAAUUUCAACAACUUCAAUGGUGAUACCACCUGCAACAAUAUCAACAGUAACAACGGCAGCACGUCGUGUUCGUUUUAAAUUUGAUGAAAAUGAUAAAAAUCAAAAUGAUAUUGAUUUAAAUGAUAAUCGACAUACACGUUCAUCUGAUGAUGUUAGAUUAUCUGAAAAAAAUUCUAUUCAUCGUGUUGAAUUCGAAAUUCCUAUUCAUAGAGAUAUAAAUCCAUGGUUAAAUGUUGAUUGUUCAACACAAUCAUCUCUACCAGCUAAAACACGUUCGUUAACAACACAAAAAAUUGAUAUAAAACAUACUAAUAAUAAUUCAAUUCGUGUGCAAAAUAUAGCACCAUUUAUUGAAGCUGAAAUCAGUUCUGAAAUACCAAUAACUAAUGAUUCCGACAAGACUCAAUCACAAUGGUAUAGACAAAUGUAUGGUCACCUACAUAAACCAUUGGAAAUGAAACAAGAACAUCAACAAAAUCCUUAUACACCAACAUAUACAUUUCCUGAUGAGUUCAGCGGUGAUGUCGAUCUUAUGGAAGAUUACAUAAGAAAAAAAGCAUCACAAACACUUGAUAAAAAUGAUGAAAAAAAUUCUUCAUCGACUUUACGUAUAUCAAGUUCAAAUCAAAAUGAUCAACGAACAAUAUCAAAACGAACUAAUGAUCAUAAAGAAAAAGUUAUACGUUUUGAAGAUCAUUAUUCAUCACCUGUUAGUUCAUCUUCAUCAGAACAAUUUAAAUUAAAUAAUGAUGCACCUACAACAAACUUCAUAAACACUAAUUUACGAUCGAAUUCGAAUGAUAUACCAACAUCAGAUAAUGAACAAAAAUCAAUUUAUAAACGUAUAUCACGUGGUGGAGAUAUGUCAUCAAAUGGUUUACAAAAAUUUUCUAAUAUUAAUCGAGGUAGGCAUAGAAAUUAUCUUUUAUCAGAAUCAAAAAAGAAAAGAACAUAUAUUUGGAUUCGUACAAAACUAAAUUGUAUAGUACAAGCAUAA